CAGGAAGCAGGAAGAAGCUCACUGGCUGCUGUCCGCAACUUGAGUCCGUGUGAGGUCAGUGUGAAGCGGCUCCCGUCCUUUCCUGGCCGCCGGUGUGUGUGUGUGUGUGUCUCUCACUCCAUGUCCGCCGUGUAAAAAGCUGCUCUACCCGCAGUCUUCAGCUGUCUCACCGGAUCCCAGCGCCGUGGGAUGAGUUUUAUUAAUAACUGGAGGCGAAGCGUGAGGAAGGAUGACAGCAACAAGAGUGCUGAGCAAGCUCAAGACAUCCCUGACAGCCAGGACUCCCUGAGCCGGCUGUCUGUCUUAAGCGGUCCAGAGCUGGACCCCAUCAUCACCGACUUCAAGUUACAGCUGCCGGGGAACAGUGACGCUCAGGGGUCAAUGAAUCCAUCAUCAAACGGGUGCUCUCGGUCCGACCUGUCUUUGGCUCUGGAGGACUGCAUGGCUGCCCUCGAUCUGUUCCUCAGAAAUGAGUUUGAGGAGGCGCAGGCCCGCCUCUUGAGCAGAUCCAAAGACAGCAUGUACCAUGCUCUGACCUACGCUACUAUUUUAGAAAUGAAGGCAAUGAUGACCUUUGACCCCCAACAUAUUCUGACUGCGGGCAGUACUAUGAAGGAGGCGCAGGCUCUCUGUCAGCGAAACAGAAGAAAGUCAAGCUUCUCAAAAACCUUCACCGAAGAGGAACUCCAUGCCGAGGUUUGCUAUGCUGAAUGUCUCCUGCAGAGGGCAGCACUCACCUUCCUUCAGGAUGAAAACAUGAUUAACUUCAUCAAAGGAGGCAUUAAAGUGAGGAACAGCUACCAGACAUACAAAGAGCUCCACACCAUCCUGAAGUCUUCUGGAUACACUCACGGCGACAAUCACGGUCAUUUUGAGGGCGGCGUUAAACUGGGAGUUGGAGCCUUCAAUCUAAUGAUUUCCAUGCUGCCCACACGGACACUUAAGCUGCUGGAGUUUGUAGGAUUCUCCGGUAAUAAGGAGUUUGGUCUUCAGCAGCUUCAGGAGGCUUCUGCAGAAAGCACCUUCAGGUCGUUCCUGUGUAAUAUGCUCCUGCUGUGUUAUCACACAUUCAUGAGUUUCAUAUUGGGAACUGGGGAGGGAGAUGUUAAGGAUGCAGAGAGACUUUUGCAACCAUAUCUGAAGAAAUACCCCAAGGGAUCCAUCUUUUUGUUCUUUGCUGGUCGGAUAGAGGAGAUUAAAGGCAACCUGGAUGCUGCGAUCAAGCUCUUCGAGGAGUGCUGUGAGGCUCAGCAGCAGUGGAAACAGUUUCACCAUAUGUGCUUCUGGGAGCUGAUGUGGUGCUUCACUUACAAGAGGCACUGGAAGAUGGCUUAUUUCUACGCUGACAUGCUAAGCAAGGAGAACUCAUGGUCCAAGGCUACCUAUGCUUACAUGAAAGCAGCCUAUCUCGGCAUGCUGACUGCAGAUGACUGCCUUACCUUUGGGGAGACUGCACUAACUCUGUUCAGGCAGGUCCCUGGGCUGAAACAGAAAAUUGCAGGAAAAUCGUUGCCCACAGAAAAGUUUGCAAUCAGGAAAGCCCGCCGCUACUUUGGAGAAAAUCCUGUUCCUCAUCCAGCUCCUCCACUGGAAAUGAUGUACAUCUGGAACGGCUACACAGUCAUUGGCAAACACAAAGACCUAACUGAGGGCAUGCUAAAAACCCUGGAUGAAGCGCAGGCAACUCUUGAAAGCCUCCCAAGGACAGAGUACUCCAUAGAUGAUCAUUGUCUGUUGAGCCUUUUGAAGGGCCUAUGUCUCAAACACCUGGGACACCAAGAGGAGGCUGAACACUACUUCACCCUCGUCCUCUGCAAUGAGACUCAGAUAAAAUAUGACCACUACCUGGUACCUAAUGCCCUACUUGAACACAGUCUGCUGUGUCUGGAGCAGGGGAGAAAAGAUGAAGCUAUUAAACUACUAGAAGCAGCAAAGAACAAUUACAAAAACUACUCCAUGGAAUCACGGACGCACUUCCGUAUCCAGGCUGCUUUGCAAAAAGCUAAGGGAACUGUGGAGAACGGCGUCCAUGUUCCUUCCAGUCCAUAACAGACAGAGGACGCCACGAGUGCAGUGACAGCUUUCCGUUUCUGCAGUCCCACAGUGCAACAACCCAGCUAUACCACCUGUUUGGGCUGAAGAGAUUAUUUUAGUUGUUCAUCAAAUGUGGAGGCUAUUGUUGUUUUUUUGUUUUUGUUUAUGUUGUUUGGUUGUAUGUGUGCCAUUGGUGUGGAUAUCUCCAGCUCUGACUGGCCUUAACUGACUCCUUCCUCUGAUUUCUGCACCCUCUUUGAGAGAAAUAUUACACUGAGUUUCACUUCCUGAUCUGAUUUCAAACAGAAAAGAGUUGAAAGUGGGUUUUGUGUUUAUGACACACUGUUGUCUUUCACUGUGGCUACUCACAAUGAGUGCAAAAGAAUAGCAAACAAAGUCAGAUUUCUAUGAAUUAAAUUACAGGUUUUUCCUCUACCACUAUGGAGAAGCCUAUUACAGUAUUUCCUAUUUUUCCAAUUUGGGUUAAGUAAAGAAUAUUAUUAAGGUGGCAUAUAAUUAUUUUGUGAUAAAAUUAUUAAAAUCUUGCAGAUAUAAUUUUGCUAUGUAUCACAUUUUAUAGCCAGCUUGACCAAAUUUUUAAAAAUUUUACAUUUAUAGUUUUAUUAAGUUUGUGUACUUAUUGGUUCUCUGUGUUUGCUAGAAUAAUUGAGCCUUUUAUUUUUCAAUUCUUUGAAAUACAUGAAAUACUGGAUGGUAAGAAUUUAUGAAUUUAGACCACUGUGUUAGACAACAUGAAACUGAAACCAUCAGUUCUGAAAACCUCUACUAUUUAUUUUCUCUUUGCACAGACCUUUGCAAACUACCCACAUGACACUCAACUCUCCAAAGUCCAAAAGCCAGCAAGACUUGCAGACGUUCUUUAGAUUUCCCUACUGUGAAUGGCACCUUUUACACAGAUUGUCCUGUUUUAAGAGGACAGAUAAACAUGUCUUUUAGAAAGGCAGACUCCCUUCUUUUCACCUCCUGGAUUGUGGGAUUGGUUCCAACGCUACUUGAGCUUGAACAAACGGGCCUUUCAAAGUGAUCGGGGCUGUGCACUUGUCCGCCUGCUGCAUCUUUUUCAGGUUAAAGGAAACUCUUAACCACAACAAGCCACUAAAACCUUUACAGAUUGUGAGAAUCAUCUGUUGACAUCCUUUGCUCCCCUAUGAGCUACCUCUUUCCUAGAACUACCUAGGAGGGACUCGAAAGUUGCAACCACAUCCUGCUUUAGAUUAUUUGUUUACGAACAAAAACGGUUCUCCUCUUACUUGAUUAGUAGAUGGGUUAUUGAGAAACGUUGUACAGAUUUAACAGCCUUUUACGAAAUCCAGUGGUGUCUGGAGAGUUGGAAUGAUGAUUUAUUUAUAUACAAGAAAAUGUUGGGAUAUAGGUUGAUUAGUUGGAGUCAGUUUCAAAAUAUAUUUUAAUGGUGGAGGAACUGUAAUCCUAGAAUUGUUAGAACUGCAGUCAGCCAGUAAAAUAUUAAACUUUGUAUUCUGAUUAUUAGUAAAAAGUAUAUUUUAAUUUGCCCUCUGAUUUUACACAUGCUGUAGCUGGAAGAAAUUCUAAACUAAAAGCUGUUGGUGUUUACGCUCUGUAUAUUGUAUUGAGCAUGGUUAUACACUGAGCAGAAUGACAUUCCUGUACAUGUUUUUUGUUGUAACUUCUGAUGAAAUUAUGAUGUGCAACUGAACAACCUA